AUGAGUAUUUAAAGUGAGGAUGAGAAUGAAGUAUUACAAGUCGAAUUGCCAAGUGAUGAAGAACAAAGAGCUGAGGAAGAAGAUGAACGUAUAAAAAAGUUAGAAUAAGAUAAAAAGAGCUUCAUGAGUUCUAUAAAUUAGAGUGGUCGAUUGAACACAAAUCUAAAAUUCGAUAAUAUUGAGUCUAAGAUUAAUACAUUACUAGAGAAUGCUGAGAAGUAUGCAAUGUUUCUCUUGCAUCGUCACAAGAGAACUUAAGAGAAUAAAUAGAGGGCUCAGAAUUAAUAGAGAGGAAAACAUAGAUAGAUAGUUGAAGAUGGCAGUGAAGAGGAAGAGUUUGAUGAUACCCCCACAGUAUUAGAGUAACAGCCAACUAUUUUGAAAGGAGGCCAAUUGAAAUAAUAUCAAUUGACUGGAUUGAAUUGGAUGAUAUCUUUAUUUGAAGAGGGUAUCAAUGGAAUUUUGGCUGAUGAAAUGGGUUUGGGCAAAACAAUACAGACUAUAAGUUUUCUAGCUUUCAUGAAAGAGUAUCAAAAAAUUAAUGGACCAUUUUUGAUUGUGGCUCCAAAGUCAACUUUAGGUAAUUGGAUGAGAGAGUUUAAAAUAUGGUUGCCAUGCAUGAGAGUAGUUAAGUUGAUAGCAAUAAAAGAGGAGAGAGAUGAAAUAUUGAAUAGAUAUUUUUAACCAGGAAAAUUUGAUGUUUGUUUGACUAGUUAUGAAGGUGUCAAUAUUUGUUUGAAACACAUACGAAGAUUUUAAUAUAAAUAUAUUAUAAUAGAUGAGGCACACAAAAUCAAGAAUGAAGAUGCAAUAAUCAGUCAAAAUUUACGUAAGAUUAGAACUAACUAUAAAUUGUUACUGACUGGAACUCCUUUAUAGAAUACUCCACAUGAAUUAUGGAGUCUAUUGAACUACUUACUGCCUGAUCUUUUUGAUUCCUCAGAAGUAUUUGACAAAUGGUUUGAAGUAAAUACUGAAGCAAAAUUGAAAGAAGGAAAUGAAACUAUUCAUUAAGAUGAGUUAGAAUAAAGAAAUUUGGAAAUGGUCUAGAAAUUCUAGAAGAUCUUAAGACCAUUUAUGCUUAGAAGAACCAAGGCUGAAGUAGAGAGGAUGCUUCCACCAAAAUAAGAAAUCCAUUUGUUCAUCAAAAUGUCUAACAUUUAGAAAUAGAUGUAUUAAAAUAUCCUGAUUCACAACAAUCCUCAUGAAGGAGAAGACAAAGGCUUUUAUAUGAAUAAACUCAUGUAAUUGCGUAAGAUUUGCUUACAUCCUUAUCUAUUUCCUGAUGUGGAAGACAAGUCAUUGCCAGCCUUGGGAGAACACUUGGUGGAUGUGAGUGGUAAAAUGAGAGUUUUAGAUAAGUUUCUAAAGAAAUUAAGCGAAGGCUAACAUUAAAUACUCAUCUUCUCAUAAUUUACUUCAAUGUUGAAUAUUCUUGAAGAUUACUGCAAUUUUAGAGGAUUCUUAUAUUGUAGAAUAGAUGGAGAAACAGAAAUCUAAUAAAGAGAUGAUCAAAUUGCUGAAUUUACAUCUCCAAACAGCAAGAAAUUCAUAUUCUUAUUAUCCACCAGAGCUGGAGGUCUAGGUAUCAAUUUGGCAACUGCAGAUACUGUCAUUAUUUAUGAUUCCGAUUUCAACCCAUAAAUGGAUAUGUAGGCUAUGGACAGAGCUCAUAGAAUUGGAUAGAAGAACAGAGUCAUGGUUUAUAGGAUGGCUUGUGAACAUACUGUCGAAGAAAAGAUUAUUGAAAGAUAAUAGAUUAAAUUACGUUGGGAUUCACUUAUGAUCUAGUAAGGAAGACUUCAAUAGAAACAAACUGGGAAAUUGUUGUCAAAAGAAGACUUAAAAGAGUUGACAACUUAUGGGGCUUCCCAGAUUUUUAAAUUGGAUGGAGAUGACAUUAAAGAUGAAGAUAUAGACAUCUUACUCAAAAGAGGUGAGUAAUUGACUAAAGAAAUGAAUGAGAGAAUCGAGAAGAAGUUUGAAACCUUUAAAGAUAAGGUUUCUUCUCUCGACUUAGGAUUGGGAUAGAUCAAUAUCUUUGAUUAUUUCGAUGAAGCCAAAAGAAAUAAGGAGGAUGAAGAGGCUCUGGAAGAUGCUCUAGUCAACCAUCUAAUGUAAGAUAAUAAGACUAGGAAUCGUGAUAAGAAAGCAAUGAUGAUGGGAGCCAAUUCUAAAAAAAUCUAAGGGAAAUAAAUUAAGCUCUCUGAACAUCAUCUCUAUGAAAAUAAGGAUAGGCUAUAGUUCUUACUAUAGAAAGAGGAAGACUUUUUGGCAUAACAGAAAUCACAGAAGAAGGCUAAUGAAAAUGAUGAAAAUGUUGACUUUGGUGGUCUAACUUAGGAGGAGCGUUAAGAACAAAAAAGAUUGUUAGAGACUGGUUUCAAGAGUUGGAAUAAGUAAGAGUUUUAAGACUUCAUUGUUGCUAAUGAAAAAUAUGGGAAAGAUGCCUAUGAUAAAAUCUAAGAUUUCAUCAAAACCAAAACUUUGGAUGAAGUCAAAAUUUAUGCAUAAGCCUUUUGGGAAAGAAUUGACGGAUUAAGUGAGAAGGAUAAAAUUGUUAAACAAAUAGAAAGAGGACAAAAAUUAAUUGAACAAAAAACAAAUGGUUAAAAAUUAAUUGAAGAAAAAUGCAAACAUUUUCAUCAACCAAAAUAUGAAUUAGUAUUCACUCCUCAACUCUAUAAUAAAUUUAAAAGCAAAUAUUUCAGUUUAGAAAACGAUAAGUUUUUGAUUUACAUGACCAAUGAGGUUGGAUAUGGUAAUUGGAGCUAACUGAAAUAAUCUAUUAGAAAGGAUAUUACGUUUAGAUUUGAUCAUGCCUUCAAGUGCAAAAGUGAAAAUGAUCUCAAAAAUAGAGUGAUUUCACUUGUUAAAGUAUUAGAUAAGGAAAAGGAGAACAAUUCUAUGGGAAGAUCUCUUGUGAAAAAUACAUAGGCUGAAAAACCAAAAAUAAUAUAAGAAACUUAGAAAAAAAAGUAAAAAAAUGAUGAAGAAGAAGUUCAAGAGGAAUCUGAAUCUGUUAAGAAAAUUAAGUUAUGA